AUGAACAUGUCGGAGUACAAUAGUGCGGUGGACCCGAAGAUACCGCUGCUGGAAGGGACGGAGCUGAGCUGCGAGAGCAAGGAGUCAAAGCAGGCGCUCGGUCCGAAGCUGUAUAGGAACCUGCUGGGCGCGGACAACUCCAUCAGCGUGCUGAUCGAACAGACGACCCCGAAAGACUACGCGACGGAGGAUGGCGCCCAGAUACUACUGCGAUUCCUCGAAGAGCAGCGCUUCGCCAAGAGCAGUUUCAGGGAGCUGCCGAAGGCGUUCGACGCGUUCUUCGACCAGACACACUUCGAGAAGAAGGGCGAAGAGCCGAUGGCGGCGUUUUGUACGGCGAUGGAGGUGGCGAAGCGCAAUCUCGAGGAAGUGGACCCAGACACGAAGAUCAGUGCGAACGAGCUAGGGUACCACACGCUGAAGAGAAGCGGACUGGACAAGGACGAGCGCAAUCUAGUGAUAGCACGUGCAGAAGAGACCUUCAACUUCCAGAAGAUUAGCACGACGCUGAAGAACCUCUUCCCACGAGGUGGAGGUCGGCACCGGGACGAGGACCAGAACGUCGAGCAUGACGGGUACUGGGUCCAGGACGACGACGGCUACUGGUACGAGUGGGACAAGGAGCACGGUGUCUACGCGUUCGCGGAGGACGGCGACGACAGCUGGGACAGCAGCGACAUGUUCUACAUCGAGGACGACACCGACGUCUACCUCGCGAGCGAGGACGACGAGUACCAGCAGGCCCUCGUCACGCUGCGCGAGAGCAGGCUAAAGAUGAACAAGAUCCAGGCGGCUCGAGGUUUCUUCAAGGGACGAAUCGAUGGAGUAGUGGACGAGAGCGCGGCGGCCGGCGGCAAGGCAGCCGGGAAAGGCGGCAAAGGCGGCAAGGGCAAGGACGGUGGCAAAGGCAAGUCCAAGGACAAGAGGUGCACCAACUGCGGGAGAAUGGACCAUGCUGCACCGGACUGCCCGACGCCACGACCUCCGAGGCCGGCAGGCAAAGGCUUCAAGGGCCGCGGUAAGACCUCCAAGGCUCAAUCCCGUCCACGACGGCUGGGUUUCUGGGCGAUGACCACACUGGUGUGCGUCAUGCCGGACAUGUUCCACCAAAAGGACGUCCAGGACCCGGAGCCCGCGACGGAGAAGUUCCAGGAGCCAGCCGAGCACGUCAUCAUGAUGGUCAACGUGGAGAGCGACCCGAUCCUACUGGAAGUGCCAGAAGUGGACGCGAUGAUCUCGAGCACGAUCGUGCCAGCUACCCUGGUGGACAGCGGCGCCUCCGUAGCGGUAGCAGGGCGCGGCUGGCUGGAUAAGAUCGCGGUGGAGCUCGAGAAGUACGGUCUGAGGCCCAUCAUCGUCGAGGCGAGCCAGAAGUUCAAGGGACUUGGCGGCGCACGACGUGAGGCAAAGCAGAAGUGGAUCAUCCCGAUCGGUAUUGGCAAGAAGCAUGUCCUGCAGGAGUAUUUCGAGAUCCCCAGUGACAUGAUUGGCUUGACGAGCAAGAAGAACCUGGCGGACUGGAAGACGAACCUCUACCUGCGCGAGGACGGCCAGUGGGCCGACUUCCAGGAGCUCGGGGUGUACGACAAGGAGCUCGUGAAGCUUCCCGGCGGCCACGCGGGCAUCGACAUCUUCGACUACGACCUGCAGUCGUACGAGGCGGAGCCCCUCUUCGAGAAGUUCCGCAUCAACGUCGAGAAAGUCGAGCCGGAGGUUUUCCUGGUCGCGGAGACGCUGCAGGUGUCCAAGCCAGAUUUCAGGGUCAAGGACGACGCCGAUCGGUGGGUCCAGGAGGCAACGAAAAACGGUAACAAGGGGAUCUUCAAGAAGGGUACGCUCAAGCGGAUCGACAUGCUCAUGAAGGAGUAUGCGGUUAUAUUCGACGUGCUGCGCGACAACAACGGCAUGGGCGACAGGGUGGACGACCUCAUCCAGGAGUUUCGGCCGCUGAUCGACUUUUCGGCGGAGGUGCUCAAGAUUCAGGCUGAAGGAGGACGGAUCGGCAUCGGCGAGAAUCCCCUCACCAGCCGGGCGUGGCGGGAAGUUCCGAUCGUGGACCUGCUGAGCUGGCACGGGAACAAGCCGCCACUCUACGAGACGGUCACGCUGCACCAGUGCAUGUACGGGCUCGUGGACAACUACGGCGACCCGAUUCGCAAGCCGACUUGCAUGAUGGUGCCCAACGGUUCGUGCUUCCCUUGGUGGCUCGAGCGCAGGUGCGACGGGAGCCACCAGCACGCCGACAUGGUCGAGUGGAGCACGGCACUGGCACAAGCGGGCGCCUGGCCCGACGACCUGGGCAAGGCUCUGGUGCGGGCUGGCACGCACGAGCUGGCACGACGGACAAUCCCGAAGGAGAUGGGCAUCGAGAACGGCACGGCGAGGUCCCCGAGCAAGCAGAUCGUGAACGCAGUGGCCAAGGCGUUCAAGCUAAGGAAAGACCUGAUCGACGUGCGCGUGCUGACGGGUGACGAGGAGGGCGUACGGGCGGACUACAGCGACGCUUACGCGGGCGACCCGGGCUUCGGGACGAUCAAGCUGGUCAAGCGGUUCCCCACUGAGACUGUGAUCUCAGUCUUCGUGAAGGAGCCGAAGGUGCAGACGUCCUUCCAUGCGACGGUGCACAUCCACGGGAGCAAGCCUAAGACGUUCGCUCCAGAUGAUCGCGAAGCUGACACAGCACGUCGAGACCUACAACACGAGGGUGAGAGUUUCGGGGAUAAGACAUCGGACAUCACCACGGCCCAGUGGGGCGCUCUCAAGAAGCUACAACUCACCCUGAGCCAUCCUUCUGCUCACGCACUGAAGCGACGACUGAAGUCCUACGGAGCGUCACAGCAAGUGCUGGAUGCGGUUGACAAGCUGGACUGCGGCGUGUGCAAGGAGCUCGGCAGGCCGACUACGGUGAGAAGCUCGAACCUGAAGCUCUCGACGGAAUUCAACGAGAACGCGUUCCUAGACGAAGCCGAGGUGAUACUAGCAGACGGGACCCGGCUGAUGGUCAUGGUGAUCUUGGACGACGCGUCGGGCUUCCGGGUAAUCAUCCCUACCACUGAAGUGAGGUCCAUCACCGGCGAGGAGAGCCUGCGAUGUUUUUCGCAAGGCUGGCUAUCGUGGGCUGGACCACCCAAGGUGCUGUACUACGACGCGGCCAAGGGUCACAUCACGAAGAGGUUCGCGGAGAUCGGCGCCCCAGCUCAAGGGUCGAGUGGAGCGCGCGAUCGACUUCUGAACCGCGACGUGCAGCUCACCAAGGGCGACGCUCCACAUGUGUGGACAUCGGUGAUAGCGAGUUCGUGCAACAACCACAUUCGGCGGAAUGGCUUCACCCCUUACCAAUACGUGCCGGGCCGGUCGCCUGGCAUCCCAGCCUCGCUGAUCGAGGCGAUGGAGGGCGACCAGAGGCAGCUGGCAUCACAGAGCGCGGCUCUCUUCGAGGAGGGCCCGAGGAGAGCAGAGCAGAUACGUGCGGCGGCGAACCGGGCGUUCUUCGAGCUGGACAGCGACGACGCCGUCAGGAGGGCCAUGGUUGGCCGAGUUCGCCCACCGCGUGGACCGUUCGUACCGGGCCAGCUGGUGUUCUACUGGCACGAGGUGAAGCACGUGAAGUCGAAGAGGCUCCAGGGCGAGCACGGGUGGCGUGGGCCAGCGAUCGUGUUGGCGACCGAAGGCCACACGAGGCUACACCUCAGCUACCGCGGGGUGCCGGUGCUCGUGAUGCCGGAGCAGGUGCGACACGCCUCCCGGAGCGAGGCGGAGAUGGUGGAGAACGAGGACUUGGUCAGGCAGCUCUCUCACUGGCGUGGUGGACCUACUCUCCAGAAGGGGUUCACUGAUGAGCGUGGACCUGGGCCAGACGGGAGCGACAACACGGGCGUGCGCCGCGAGAGGGACGAGAAGGACUCGGACCACGAGGACGGUGUGAUCGACACGAGAACGUACCUGCACCUGGAGACCUACCUGAAGUACCACCACUGCCGGGAGGAGGACCGGUUCCUCCAGAACAAGCUACAGACCCACCUGCUGCGGCAGCUGGGCAGGGGCACUCCAUGGACCUGGACGCGGCGGCUGCGCCAGGUAUUCCGCAUCAACAGCAACAGCAAUCAGAUCGAGCUGAGCAACCAGAACCUGCACCACGACUCAGCUACAAGCGAACGCUUCCCGACGACCAGGAGGCAGAUCGCGAACGCCUACGACUACGACGCGAGGACCGACACGACGAAGAAGCAGGUCACUCCCAAGAAGGGUCGGGAGAUCCGCAGCAUCCCACAGGAGUGGAAGGCGGCUUUCGACGCGAGCGACCUGGAGGAGUGGAGCAAGUGGGUCGAGUACGAUGCAGUGGACUGGCCGACCGAGGAGGAGCUCGCGGGGGUGGACAAGACAGCGAUCCUGCCCAUGAGGCGCGUUCGCACGGACAAGAACGAGGCGACGAGGGGCAACCUGUCGUACGAGCAGCACCCACUCAAGGCGAAGUCCCGGAACAUUGUUCCAGGAUACAAGGACAAGCAGCUGCUCGCUGGCGAGUUGCAGACCAACGCCCCCACUCUGACGGACACGACCACGGCGGUGAUCCUGCAGGAGGCCGCUAGCCAGUCGGGUUGGAGGCUGGAACAGGGCGACGUCGACUCGGCAUUUCUGAACGGGAAGUACCUCGACAGCUCUCGACGCGUGUACUUCCGCGCGCCGAAGGGCGGCCUGCCGGCUGUACCGGAGAUGGGCUGGCCAGCCGUUCCAGAAGGUACAGUGCUGAGAGCGAAGAAGGGGAUCUACGGGCUGAAUGAUGCACCUCUGUUGUGGUACGAGGAGCAUCGCGACACCGUACUGUCUCUCCCAGGAGCGUCGAGAUCGAAGUUGUGCCCGGCUCUCUUCAUCUUCCACGACGAGAAUGAGAAGCUGAUCGGCCUGAUCGGGACGCACGUGGACGACGAUUUGGUAGCGAGCUCGCCCAAGUUCUUCGCUAACCAGGUGACCAAGCUGAGGAAGAUGCACUGCUACGGCAAAUGGCAGACUGCGAAGACCAGUUUCCACCACUGCGGGAGAUUCCUCAAGCAGGGAGACGAUGGCACCAUCACCUGCAGCCAGAGGGAGUACACCGAGAGCAUCGAGAAGAUUCCGAUCUCAAACGAGCGUCGCAAGGACAAGGAAGCAAAGGCUACACCCGAGGAGAGGGCGAUGCUCCACAGCGGCAACGGCAAGAUCCAGUGGCUGGACCUGAAGGUCCAGGACUUGCUGGACUUCAACAAGCUGGUGAGCGACGCCAAGACGGACCAUGUGGACAUCACUUUCCAGAAGAUCAACAUAGACGACGCGAUCGUGGUGGCGGUUGGAGACUCGAGCCACGGCAACGUGGGCAAGACGAAGACCGCGAGUCAGGCGGGCCUGGUCAUCCUGCUCGCAGACAACAAGGACGAUCAAUUGCUUCACGGGAGGCCAGCCGAGGUCACUCCCAUGUUGUGGCGAUCGCACCGUAUCAAGCGGGUGGUGCGCAGUACCCUGGCGGCCGAGACGAUGGCGGCGCUGGAGGCGGUCGAGAGUGGCGACAUGCUGAGGCAGGACCUGGUGGAGCUGCACUACGGGCUCGGUUACCGGACCCACAUGGACGACGUGAAGGCGAUCAAGAUGGUGGAAGUCACGGACUGUAAGUCGCUCUACGACCUGCUCCAGAAGCGAGGGACGGUGCCCUUCGAGAAGCGGCUGCUGAUCGAUAUCGAGUCGCUCAGGAACGAUCUGGAGUUCAACGACGUGGUGAGCAAGUGGGUGAGCACGAAGCAGAUGCUCGCCGACUGCCUAACCAAGCACGACGUCCGCGCUGGCGACUACAUGAGGUAUGUGCUCCAGACCGGUGAGUACCGGCUGACGGAGGAUCUCAUGGCGGACCAGAUCAUCGCUAAGCAGAGGAUGGAGCUCAAAGGACGCAGAGGUGAAUACUACCGCUCGAAGUAUCUCAAGAGGCAGCGACCUGCUGACCAGCUCUUUGUUCACGAGGGUUACACCUACUUCGAGGACUGCAUUGCGGAUGUGAGGUACAGUGCGCGAGUGGCUCAGCCUGCUCCGAAGCCCUACCUUCGUUGGCGGAUGAUGCUCGGGCAGCGCGAGGACGAUAUCUACUACGAGAAGCUCGAGGAUAUGGUCGACUGGUCUGGCUUAGACCAGGUGACGAAGCGUCGGAGGAUCCCGACCCAGGUGCGGAAGCUGUUGACGAUCUACGCACCGACCAAGGCGGCCCUCGAGCGCUACGAGAAGGACUUCACGGAGAAGCACACCAUCAAGAAGCCGAAGGUGACGAACGAUGAGGACCCCAAGAAGGAGCUAGGUGUCACUGAGGAGCUUGGUGCGCACGUCGAGUCGGACGAGAACGUGAAGGAGGAUAGCACCGACAUCGCGGAGAUCUACAUGAUGGACGCUGCGGGUGCCGAGUCUGAGGAGAUCAAGACAGGCACCGCUGCAGCUGCGACGGUGACGGUGUGUGCGUUGUGUCGGAUGACGUUGGACCAGUGCGAGUGCGGACCGAG